UUCUCUCAAGCAUCCGACAGCCACCCACCCGCAUCUACCACCCCAACAAAUGCUCUUCGCUUCUGAGAUUUACAGUUCGUGCUCGUGACACAGUGAUGCCAAAGCGUGCGAGUGUGCGUGUGUGUGUGUGUGCCAGUGUAACCGUUAAUCGGGUUUGAAAUAUUUCAAAUACAAAAAAAUCUUUUCGAAUAAAAAAGAAAUCAAACGGAUGAGAUGCCUCAAUCGCUGCCGCAGACCAUCGGUAACGGAACAAAAGGCAUCUAGAGAGCAAUUGUUAAAUUAACAGAGAUUAAAGAUUGAAACAAAGAAACGAGAUAUCUCUGCCGGUGUGCCCCUGCCAGUGUGCUAAGUGAUACAAUUCUCCUCUCAUCUGUGCAUGUCUGUGCGUGUCCACCCGCGUGUGUGAGUGCCAGUGUUAUCUGUCUAACAAUUAAUUAGCAUUUAAAUCGCUCAUUUAUCUAACGUUAGACCAUCCAUCCGAAAGGCCCUAAUCAAACAGCUCCAAAGAAAAACGUGAAAGGUGAAACGCUGAACCCAAGAAAGGGGGAGAACGAGAGGCGAAAACGAAACAACAAAUUUGUAAAGAAUCGUUGAGAAAGCAGUAGAGGAACACCCGCAAUCAAAAUGUUUGGCCAACACACUUUGCUGGCCGCUCUGCUCGUCAUCGGCACAUUGAAAGAUUUCAUUACUGGCCUGCGACUGGUCGAGGUCCGCAUACCGAAUUACGUGAUUAAGGGCUCAGCGGCGCAGCUGGAAUGCCUCUACGAUCUGGACGGAGAGGCCCUGUACUCGGUGAAAUGGUAUAAGGAUGGCAACGAGUUCUAUCGCUAUGUGCCCAGGGAUAUGCCGCCGGCUCAGACCUUCCUGCUCCCAGGUGUUAAAGUUGAUUUGCACAACUCAAGCGACGCGAUUGUUACGCUGCGCGACGUCAAUCUAAACUCGGCGGGACGGUUCCGUUGCGAGGUUUCCGGUGAGGCGCCAUCCUUCCAAACGGUCACCGAGCAUGGCGAUAUGGUUGUUGUGUCUCUGCCGGACCAGGGACCACCGAAGAUAAGUGGCGGGCGUCCGCGCUAUCAGAUUGGCGAUUGGGUGCGCAUCAACUGCACGGCCGGACGCUCCAAGCCGGCCGUGGAUCUGUCGUGGUUCGUCAAUGGAGAGGCCGCCGAGCCGCAGAAGCUGCGCAAGUACGACACCAUCGUGUCGGGACGCGACCAUCUAGAGACCUCCGUGCUGGGCCUCCAGUUUCGAGUGGAGCAAAAGCAUUUCCGCAACGGCGACAUGAAGUUAAAGUGCGUGGCAUCGCUGUCGACAUUGUAUUGGCGCAGCAACGAGGAGUCCGUCGAGGGCGAUCGCCCACAGAAGGCGCCCGUCCUCGAGUCGCGCGAAACCGUCUACGCCAGCAACUCACGCGCCGAUCCCGUCCAAGGUAUGUCAUACCGGGAAUUAUUUGUUACCAAAAUCUUAUCGCUUUUCAUUCAAACAAAUGCAGCCAGCAAAUCGGACUCGCUCCUGUUGGCCCGUGCGCCCAGUGCCCUGCUCCUGCUGGCCCUGGCCGCGGUGACAGCCCUGGCGGGUGGAGGCGGCAUCUCUGUCGCACGGCACAGCCACUCCAAAAAUAAAGAUCAUCAAGAACAUGAUGAGAAUGGGCAAGAACAAGAGAAUGAUAAAAAGAGCGAGAGAGUAACUGCUGACGUGGACGGUGGCGAAGCGGAGGAGCUUUUGGUGAGUGAGUUGCUGGCGUUGGAGUUGGACUUGCAGAGGAGCGCGAGCCGAAGCUCAGCGACGCAGGAGCAGCAGCAGCAGCAGCAGCGGGGAAUGACGGUGACUGCACGGUAGCUGCAUUAAGGGGGGAUUCCUCACCCUCCCACACCGUUUUCACCGAUUUUUCCGUCUUCGCUUUGCAUAAAAAAAACUGAAAAAAAAAACUCAACAUAAAAGAGAAAAUCAAAAAAA